GAUGGGCUCUGCCGGCGCGGUGUGUAGGGGUGUAUACUGUAGGUAGAUGGGUUGCUAGCGUUGCUGGCUUGAAUUAAAAAUAAUUUAUAGACGUUUUUGGCUAAAUUAGCUUAUUUUUUGUGUAACGAAUUCCAGUUCAUUGAAAGAUCACUCACCGCGCACCUGUGAAGCACUGCACCAUUGCACUAUGAACCUGUCCGAGAUACGCGGCUCCACCAGCCAGCUGACAAAGCUGCGCCCGUCCCUGCUGCUGACCCUGGUCCGUCACGGCCAGUCGGAGGGCAACAAGCAGGGCGUCAUCCAGGGACAGUCCGACUACCCGCUCUCUGAGCUGGGAGUCCAACAGGCGCAGACCCUGCGCGCUCACCUCGACUCUCGGGGCGUCUCCUUCGACGCAGUGUACUCCAGCGACCUGUCACGUGCCCGGCAGACGGCAGAUAUCGUGGCCGCCGGGCUGGAGAUAACCAACGAUCGCCGUUUGCGCGAGAGGAACUACGGGAACUGCGAGAACAAGCCUGCGGCAGAUCUGGCGCGCUGCGCCGCCGCGGCCGACCUGCCGGUGGCCCAGUACGUGCCGGACGGUGGCGAGUCCCAGGAGCAGGUGCGGGACCGUGCGGGGGAGUUCUUCAAAGAGAUUUGUGCCCGUCAUCUCUCCGAUACGUGUACGCGGAUACUGGUGACGGGUCACGGUGGGUGCCUCAGGGAGCUGAUCACAUUUCUGUUCAGCACCUACUCAGGGAACCUGAAGAAGGCAGACGCGCACAAGAUCGCGCCGAACACAGGCGUGACGGUGGUGCAUGUGGCCAGGAAGGGACAGGACAUGGACUCGCUGACGCUGAAAUUUCUCAAGAUUCAUAGUGAUGAACAUCUGGUAAAUGUGGCUUCCACAGCCCCGCCCGAGGUUUGAUGCGGUCGCUGUAUCUAGCUAGGUUAUCGAAUGAGACUUGAGAUCAAAUUGCAGGCAAAUUGUUGGUAGUCGUGCAGCAGGGUUGAAUUUCAACGGCUGUGUGAUUUUGAGAAGUUGGAACGCUGCGGGAGACUGGCUGUUUCAACAUAUCAUGUCACUGUGGUUGUUUUAGCAGGUCUGUUACGGUGACUUCGGAUAGUCGGUGACCGAUCAGGGGCUGAAAUAUCUAGUCAUGGCUAUGCGAUGUGGCGUUGAACGUUUUAACUCGCUGUUAUAUCCCGAGCUAUUGAUGUUCCUUCUCGUCACUGCCACUGUCAAACCCGCCUAUUUAUUUGUUGUGCAAUGUUGCGCACUGCGAUACCAUGCAAUCAACAUUCAACAUCGAUGAAUCGAUGCAAUAUCGAUGCUUAUAGGCUGAAUUGUGACGUUUGCCUUUUGCUGUUCCCGCGAUGUCUGCUCAUUUUUCAAUACAUCUCAAUUUGAAUUGAA